AUGGGUACCUACGCUUCGUCAAAGUCUUCUGCGUGUGUACUUAAGGUACUGAACUUGUCGUCACUGUGGAGGUUUGCAUUUGGACCAACAGCAGCAUCAGCACAGGUCUUAGGUUCAACUGCUAACCCCACUGCGAUGCGCUCCGGGCCUCCCAAAAUCGUAGGUGAGAAGACGGCGGACAUGGCCCAUACCUUUGCACGCAAAAUUGCCGUUCAAAUCGCCGAUUAUAAGUUACCACAGGCCCUACCUAGACCGACUGCUAGCGUUCGGCGAAUCCACCAGACGACUAAACGGCCAAUUCCCAAAGACCCAGCUGGAGCCUUUGACUAUCGCCAGUGCCUUGGGGUUCUUCGGCCGCUUGGCUGCCAUGCUAUCGGUCCCGCCUGCUCGGGCAUGGCGGCGAUGGAGGCUUCGGCACACUUGGUGGCUGGGCUGGCACAAACUAGGCUUGCGCACCAAAAUGCUUCGUCCCACGGCCUCAACCGUUGGCUUGGGCGCUGGCGCGCCACGCUCGGUCUUAUGCUGCCGUCCAAAUGCUCCUGGUCAAUGCGCGCCAAGGCUGCGCUUUUGCCUUGCCCUGCGUCUGGGUUAACGUUACGGGACAGUGUCCAGCUCCCCGGCGUCAUUUGUACUGACGAGUCACUUCCUAUCUUCGUGCUAAUUUUCAAGCAGGGUCGUGGUCAGCAAGCUCGUGCCGCUCAAUGGCCUUGCAGCAGCGUACAGUACGAAUGGGCCUCUGCUUGUGCUGCUCCAGGGCUGCUGAUCUCCGGGUCCCUCGUCUUCGAGAAGCCGGCCAGAAACUUUGCGGCCGUCUCACAACUAGCACUUCAAUGUACAGGCACCUGCGAGCUGGAGCAGUGGCACUCUGGAUAUGCGAAAAAGGCCGCCUCCACGCAGAUCCUACCGCGGAAAUCGGCAGCCGCACCAUUUGACACAUGUACAGGUACAGGUAUCGGCCGAGCGAUGCGUGGAGCAUCCGUACGGAACUCACGUACAUGCUCCGUCCCCAGUAAUGCUCCGUCCUGUCGACAUGGAGAUCACCAUAUCACGACCUUUCCUACCUACGUCCAGUGCCUAAUGGGCGAGCAAUGA